AUGUCCGGACUUAUCGGCAAAGUCUCUUCGGGCGUCGGCCUUGUCGCCGAAGCUCGUCAACAUCACAAGGCAAAGAAAGCAGCAGAGCGAGCGCGCACCAACCAUGAAAAUGGCGUCGAAAACGGUACUGAAAACCUGACUGGGGAGUCCCAGACCCGGGCAGGAGUCUCACCCUACAAUGAGACUUCUCCGAGGCCCAGCCCCAUGGAGGAAACAGACGGUUUGGAAGAAGCACAAUGGCAGCUCGACGAGGCCCAGGACGAGCUUGUCGGUGGCAGCGCACCACGAAAAAACAAACAGGGGACAGCAAAUCCAGACAAAGUGGUGCAGGCUUUUCUUGACCGACAGAGUCUCCCGGACACUACCCAGUUGCAGGCUUUUGAAAGAGUCAAGUUAGAAUACCCUGUCCUCCUCCCUCAGCGCCGGCCAAGGGACAAGAAGCGCGGAUUCAUUCGUGCUUAUGCGCCCGAUCUACAAAGCAAAGGAAUCGAUCAGGAACUCUGGCUUGACCUUAUCGAGACGCUGAACGAAUCUAGCCUGGCGAACCCGUGGAUCAAUGCUAUUAACCUGGCAGCGUUGGCGACGAAUGCGCUUCCCUCUGCCAUCGGAUUUGCUGUUUCGACGGCGAUUAUGAUUGCGACGCAGAUCGCCAUGGAGGCGCAGGGGCGAUACCGACAGAACAAAUCUCUCGCCAGACUUAAUGACGAAUUCUUCCGGCCGCGGGGGUUAUACUGCCUCGUCAUGACGUGGGAUCCCAAGUCGCAUUCUUCUCGCGUCAAUAUCGACGUGAAUACGACCAUCAAAAACUCGGCCUCUAACCCUGGUGGCAUGUCGCGCAAGUUUCAGUCCUCUAGCGGCACUACUACCGAGUUCGAAUUCAUGCAGACUGCGCAAUUGGUCUUCCCCGGGCUGGACUAUAUCGCCGCCGCUCCGGGAGAGGAGGCCAAGGGAAUCAAGAACAAGCUCAAGCGGAGCAAAAACUUUGUCACCGAGUAUAUGGAUCGAAAGGCUCAGGCUGAAUUUGUUGGUGAAAACCCGGAUAAUCUACUCUCCAACGAACUCAACCCAACUUUUGCAUCUAAAUAUGCAGAUCCAAACCACCCGAUCCAUAGUGGCUCACUCGUAUCCCUCGUCUCGCUAGGGUACAUCAAUCCCAAAGCGGGUCGCUCGUCUGGCGGCCUGCUCGGGGGUGGCGGGCUUAUCGGAUCUGCAUUGUCCGGUCGACGAGAGCGUACCGGAAGAUUCGGUGAAGAAGCGUACGAUGAUAGAAAUAGUUAUGGAUCAGACCGUGGUUUUGGUCUUGGUGGCGGUCGAUCUCGUAGAGGGGGAGGAGGGCUCAUUGGUGGUCUGGUCGGAAUGGCUACAGAAGCAGUGCGCAAUCGCGGACAGCAGCACGGAACAGCGCCCCAGCAAGGUUAUGGAGAUGAUACAUACCGGGUUGAUGAGUACCAACACCAGCAGCAGCAAGGUUAUACACAAACGCAGCGAGCUGGCGCAAGAGGUCCCGAUAGAUCAGGCCGAGGCGGUCCGCUUGGGAUCAAGAAACUUCUUGCGGAAAAAGUGUUAUACUUGAUGGUCGUCAAUAUGCCGACAGAAGGCGAGAUGUCCGAGGCACGCCGGAUUACCGCAGAAUGGGAUGCUCACGACGAGCCACCUCCUUACGAGGAAGUGGAAAUGUGA